AUGGCGGUGGAUUCGCAAUCAGCUGGAAAGGUCACGACGAGACACAAUUCCGCCCUUCGCGAGGCUGAUCAGUCAGCGGAUGAGAGGAUGAGCCAUCACGACAACUCCAAGCAGUUCCCUGCACUGGCCCCUGGUCCAUCUCGUAUCUUUGCGCCGCAGCCCGCGAUGGCGGUCAAUCGGCCAAAAAAGAAUUCCACCGCAUGUCAAGCAUGCAAGCUCGCAAAGAGGAAGUGCUCCGGAGUACCCUCCCCUUGCAAGGCGUGCGUGAGCGCCGGCGCAGAAGCCGAUUGCCAUUUUGAUCCCAGUCGAGAUUUGCGGCGCAAAGUAGCUGUCAAGCGCACCAUAAAAGAGCUCAACGACUAUAAAGACUUGUUGGAAUCCUUAUUGGCAGCUAUUCGAUCGGAGCCUCUGGACAAACUCAACGAUCUCAUGGUCUUGAUUCGAAGCAAUGCCUCGAUGAGGGACAUCGCCUGUGCCGUGGGAAGCCCCGUCACGAAGUUCACGGAUUCAAAGACUCUGUCGACGGCGAGCCUCGCAACGAUGUCAGAGGACGGAGACCAGCAUUUUGAUUCGUCAUAUAUGGAACAACUGGAGACAAAACACCGCCGCCCAUCAGGGCCCGAUCAAAUUCCUAUCUUGCCGGAAGAAGACGAUCCCAAGGGAUCGCCUCGAGCUGCAUUUCAUCCCUAUGCGCGGGUAACCUUGGAAAGUCUCUGCGACAUUCCACUAUACAAGGUGCCAGCCAGGCCAUGGACAGAUGUGACGGAUGACGAUGAUUUUGUGUCGCACCUUGUCUCGCUGUAUUUCACGUGGGACCACCCAUGCGCGCAGUUUCUUGACCAGGGAAUAUUCAUUGACCAUAUGAAACGGGGUGAUCCCGGCUCUCAUUUCUGUACACCGCUGCUGGUGAAUAGUCUCUUAUCGGUGGCAAGCGCUUAUUCCGAUAGCCCGGAUGCAUUCUCCAAUACUGAUGACACGUUUUCACGUGGACAGCAUUUCUUCCAAGAGGCAGAAAAAUUAUGGACUGCCCAAAGAGGCCGUCAGACGUUAUCGAACAUCCAGGCUUUACUUAUGAUGUGCAGUGUGCUAUUAUCGCAAGGAAAGGUUCGCCAAGGCUGGUUUCUGCUCCGACAGGCGGCCCAAAUGGGACAGGACAUGGGGUUACUUAUGUUGCCGAGGGUCAUUCAGCCAUCCAGGAAGGAUAUGGGGCUGUUUGUACUGCCAGGUGUGGCUUGGGCAUCCGACGACGAGAUCAAGAACGAAGAUGAGGACGAAGGGAUAAUGUCGCCUGAGAUGGAGCGUAUUCGAACAAUCACGGCCUGGGGCAUCUUCAAUUUGAACUUACAAAUGUCAAUGAAGUUGCGCAAAGUCACCAGCUUGCCACCACCGAUAUACAAUGUGCUGAUUGGAGGUGAUGCCGACUUUGAGUGGACACCAUAUCCGCGGUCAAACCAAAUCAUCUAUUCCACAAAGCUGGCGCAUUUGCCUCAGCUCAGACAGGGGAUGGCCGAGCUCACGGAUAUCGUGGCUCACGUCCAAGAGCUCCUGUACGAUCAGAGCUUGACGACAAGUAUUCAUGAUUUAUCCGAGAAAGCAGAAGACCCAUAUCAACGUUUGCAAGGGUGGCUAGCAAAUUGGCCUGACACCCCACAGAUCGAAAAGGAACCAAUCCCACACGUUCUCAUUCUUCGCAUCAAGUGCCACCAGGCCAUCAUGAAUCUUCUGGAGAUGUUGAUCCAGCGGGAUUUUCAAGGCUCAAUGACCAAAGCACUUCAACAGAAGUGGGGUCAGGAGGCCGAAGAGAUGGCUCAGUGCCUCCGAAUUCACCGCCAGUCAUAUGGCCUCAAGUACAUUCCAAGCCAGGUGGUUGACGCGGUCCAAUCCUCCCUUCGGGUCCUGGUCCACCAACUGGACACCGAGGAAGCAAGCCAUGCCUUCAUCGAGUUUUGUCGCUUCGGGAUGGCGAUGAGCCGCACGUUCAAGCCAACUGCUGACGCGAUCCAUGCCAUUAAGUCACUAUUGCAGCGUGGAACCGUCAGUCUGCCCAUCGAAGCCAUCGCAGUCCUUGACGAGUCGGAGCUUCGCAGGAGCCCGGAGGCCUAA